AAGGAAUUACGGGGAGGAGUCGCCACACUCGACGACCUUGCUUUGACAUUGGGAGGUUAACUCGCGAUUUCAAGUCCUCGCGCUCAUCAAACGACGGUCGAUUGCACGACGUUACUUAUUCCGUUAAUAAGAGGUUAAUAAGAGGUCUUGUAUCCGGCGAUAUUCCCGUUUUCUUUGAAAGCACCGCGUUAAACAAGACUACAAAGAAAAACACUGUCGUUAUGGCACUCAACAAGCUUAGCAUUGAUAAAGUGGACUUGACGGAUAAGAGGGUGCUAAUACGGGUUGACUUCAAUGUUCCGCUGAAAGAGGGCAAAAUAACAAACAAUCAGAGAAUCGUUGCUGCGUUGGAUACGGUGAAAUAUGCAAUUGACAAGAAAGCCAAGUCGAUUGUUCUCAUGUCUCAUUUGGGUCGACCGGAUGGAAAGAGAGAUGAGAAAUAUACGUUAAAACCUGUGGCUGAAGAGCUGAAAACUCUGUUAGAAAGAGAAAUUGUGUUUUUGAAUGAUUGUGUGGGAUCUGAGGUAGAAGCUGCUUGUGCUAAUCCAGCACCUGGUACUGUAAUUUUAUUAGAAAAUUUGAGAUUUCAUAUUGAAGAAGAAGGAAAAGGAGUUGGUUCUGAUGGAAGUAAGGUCAAAGCUGAUAAAGACAAGGUUACUGAAUUCAGAGCAUCUUUAAGAAAACUAGGAGAUGUGUAUAUUAAUGAUGCCUUUGGAACUGCUCAUCGCGCUCACAGUUCCAUGAUGGGAGAUGGAUUUGAUAUAAGAGCUAGUGGUUUUCUACUGAAGAAAGAACUCGAGUACUUUGCGAAAGCUCUAGAUAAUCCAGAAAGACCAUUUUUAGCCAUACUUGGAGGAGCUAAAAUUGCUGAUAAAAUUCAACUAAUUAAUAAUUUGCUUGAUAAAGUAAAUGAAAUGAUUAUCGGAGGUGGUAUGGCUUUCACAUUUUUAAAAGUAUCCAAAAACAUGAAGAUUGGAAGUUCCUUAUUUGAUGAAGAAGGUUCAAAAAUCGUGAACGACUUGUUGGACAAAGCGAAAAAGAACAAUGUUCAGAUACAUUUACCUGUAGAUUUUGUGACUGCAGAUAAAUUCGCGGAAAAUGCUGCGGUAGGAGCUGCGGAUAUUGAAAAUGGUAUACCUGACGGAUGGAUGGGUCUCGAUGUUGGCCCAAAAUCGAGAGAAUUGUUUGCUGAGCCGAUUAAGAGAGCAAAAGUUAUAGUGUGGAACGGUCCACCGGGAGUGUUUGAAUUCGAGAACUUUAGCAAAGGCACGAAGAGUCUAAUGGAUAAUGUCGUUGAAGCUACAACUCGUGGAACAAUCACUAUUAUUGGAGGCGGAGAUACGGCAACGUGCGCGGCUAAAUGGAAAACGGAGGAUAAAGUGAGCCACGUGAGCACUGGCGGUGGCGCGAGUCUAGAACUUUUGGAGGGCAAAGUGUUGCCCGGAGUCGCCGCUCUUUCUCCAUCGUAAAUCAGAUUUUCCUUGUAACGAAUCUUCCUGUAAAAACAACAUCCUUGUCAAAAAAAAACUUUCCCGUUUCAUGUGAAAUGAGUAAAAACAAGAAUAGAGUAGAGGCUAUUCAUUAUCUCUGAUUUAUCAGAGUGUAAUUCCUCCUUGGAACUCCAGCAUUCUUUUAAUAGAGAAAAGAAGAAAGAAUAGAAUUGUAUUUUCGUGCUUGAUUGUAGAAUGUUACAAGAAAGUGAGUAUAUAAUUAUCUAUAAUUGUACAACGCAGAAUAUGUAUGUGUUAUACAUAAAAACUAUUUAUACGUGCAUAAAUUAAGAAAAUAUAAAAAUCGAUGAUUAUACACACUAAUUAUUAAGUAAUUAUGAACAAAGAGUCAAGCGUUGUUAAGAUGUAAUUAUCUCCGCACGGUAAAAAGUUCACUUAUAGUUUCACGAACUUGAGAUUCGGCUCCAAUCAUGUUGAUAAUAAAGUGUAGAUAUUUA